AUGUCUGGACUCUGGGUCAUGCCUGAGACCUCUCGUAGAGGGGAGAUGGGUGGACAGAGGAGGAGUGGUGUGAGUUCUGGUCGUGGGCCGGUGAACGAUGCGUUGAGCCCGCGGGCCAAUAUUACGAAGAAACGAAUUCCUUUUUCCAACAUUUCCCACAUCAAUCAACGAUCCUAUACAGAAGCUGAUACGGCUCAGACCUGUACAGGCUGCAGCGGAAAGUUUAACCAUGUCGGAUGUGGGUCCAUGGUUAAAUUACAGAGUGGGAUGCUUUUGGUGGAUGGUACUCUGCAGAGAAAAGUGGCAUGGUUAACAAGGUCUGUGCUCCUUGCGAUGGUCCGAUCAGCACGCUCUACCUGGACACGUCUGGCCACAUUGAUCCUUUGGAUCAAAAGCUUGCUGGUUGCAUUAUCCCAAAAGCGAAGGACACAGGGAGGUGAAGAUGAGGAACCGUCAGUGCACACGAGGAAUAGAGGUCGAGGAUUACGACGACAUCAUCCGAUGUCGAACUUUAAUCGACGCCUUACACCUGGUCAGAAAUGCCUCCAUUGGUUGGCAGGACUAUUGAUAAAGGAAAUCCCAGUGCAGCACAGAACAGCCAACUCAAUCCCUUGUUGUUCAUCACAAGACAGACCUCAUGCACGCUCCACUCACAGACUGAACCUCCCUCAAGCACCUGAACCCCCUCGACCUCCACAGUAUUGUCUUCCGCAGGAUACGGAAGGCAUUCCGGCUGUGGCGCCCUCAACUCAAGGACCUCGAACCAGGAAGGCAAAGAAACAUCGGAGGAAGCGACAACCAAGAGGGAAGAUGGCCUCCACGUCUGAGGGCUCUUCCAAUCAGACACCCAGUUCGGCCGACCACCUGGCCAACAACCACUAUGGUCAGAACUUCAGGUUCCCCUCCCACAGUGAGCUUGCUGGUGGUGGGUUGACGUUGUUUGCCCGUGUGGAAGUCUCCUCGUGGCUGAAGCGAUUCGACUGGUGGCGUCAGAUCAAAGGGAUUGAUGACACUCAAGCACUCAACUUCAUGAAAGGCUUCUGUACAGACACAAUCGUUGCCGGAGAAGUGGAGAGAUUCACUACAAGCGCCAAAACUUGGGAUGAACAGAAGGAGCGACUGUUGGUUGCUUAUCGCCCUUGGGACCAUCUCCAGGCGUACACCCCCGAGCAGGAGCGCCUGAACAUCAUCAACAACCGUUUCAUUACCGAUGCCGCUAGCCUCUGGUCGUUCAUUGUGGACUAUGACAACGCUCUCACUCGUCUUAAGAUCAGAGACAGUCAACCUGUGGCAGAAGCAUGGAUGAAGCUCCCUUCGACCUGGAUCAAGCGCCUCCGAGCUGACCAUGGUGUUACUGCCGAAAGCGUCAGCGACAAGAAGUGGCCUUACCUUAUGGAAAAGCUGUUGGAGGUUCAUCGUGAAGCACUCCAGGAGGAGACUCAAGACCAACUUGCCUCCGGUGCUACCAACCUUCAACUUCAUCAACAGGCUCAAUUCCAAGGUCCUCCUAUGCCUCCACCUCAGCCGGUCCUUGACCAGACACGGCCCGUUCCUGUUCCACAUCCGAUGCAUAGUGCUCCCAGUCAACCGAUGAACCCGUCGGGACAAGCAGUAGGGCCAUCGUACUAUCAACCGCCUCAACAGUCAACUCGUGAUUGGCAAGCUCAGCCUGAACCGACUAAGCAGAUCUUGAAGGCUGAACCUGCUCAGAAGAGCGACCAAGGAUACAACCAGUUGGCUUCAAUGAUGGAGCAACUCCGCAUUGACCAAAUUGCAAUGGCAAAAUCCUUAAAGCUGCAGACUGAUGCUCUCAGACAGACGCGGGAUGUCUCGUAUGACCAAACCAAGGCUCUACAGGAGAUCUCACAACUGAUCAGGCGUCCCCAAACUGUUUCUGCGAGGAAUCCUCCCCAGGGGAAUGCAAAUUCCUUGCAGAUGGGUGUUACCUACACAAGUCCGGAGGACGAGGGGGAGCAGUACUCUGAAGCAUGGCGAGCGGAGAUCAAUGAAAUCCUGAAGAAGGACGGAACUCUGCGCAGGUGCUACGGCUGUGGGUCGAAGUCCCAUGGAGCUCAUGAGUGCGUGGAACUCCGUACUGUUAUGGACUGUGGCAUUUGCUAUGCUCCAGCAUUAGCGAAGCCAGAGUGGCAUCUUGGCAAUCGCUCGGAGUUUCUGGACUCUAGGUCAAAACCAGUGUCAUAUGGCCAGGUCAUGUCCGCUCGAGAUAACCCCAAAGGCGGUAUGAUCCGUCUGAUCCUCGGUCUCUGUGAGGAUCAGCGGCUGAAGGGUGUUGAGGAUCCUUGGAUCUCUCGAUAUGUCAGCCUGGUCCAAGAGGACGAGAAAUGGCGUGGAGACCCUGAGAUGGCCAAGAAUAAGACACUGUGGGAAGAGACCGACCCCGUUCCCAGACGCAACAAUCAGUACAGGACCAACAACAUUGAGAUCCUCAGCAAUGCUGGUGAGAUUCAAGUGGGGAAGUCAUAUCUCACUCCAGCCCAAGCCGAACUGUACCUACCAAAGCUUCCCAGCAUCAAUGCUGUGGGUGUUGGGCCUGUCCAAGCCCAGGUAAACGCGGGUGAAGCAAAGAAGCGCCGUGUUGGGGAGGCUGGGUAUGAUGAUGGUGAGGUUGGAGGAGAUGCAAGUGUGAGGACUGUUGAGGUCCCUACACAUUUCGGGAAUAUUGGACCAGAGGAAUCCAACAAGCAAUCCAACAGUCUGGACAGAGAGCCAACAGUUCAGGCCAUUAGUGACAAGCUCCUGAAUCAGUUCCUAGACCACCCGUUGAAGGUCUCAGGCCGGGAGAUGACAGUCAUGUUACCAGGAUGGGGAGCCCGUCUGAUUCACAGUCUUCAAGGAGUCAGCUCUGGAGCCCGAAAAGUUGUUGAUCUCGACAAUCAAACCGGCUCGGACCUGCACAAGGUAGAUACUGCUGGAUCAGCCAAUUCAUCGCAGCAUAAACCCGGAAUCUCGACGCUUUCCCAGCCUGAAGGGCUUAUUGAUGGUCAGAUUAUCAACACUCGGGACAUUACUGAGUACCUUUCGAGACUGGCUCAACCACCCGCAGUUCAAGCUUUGUCUCUUGUUGCUGAACCUAGCUAUGUCAAGCCUACUGUUAACAUGAUUCGAGCCUUCAACAAAUCCUCAUUUCCUCCUGUGACGGCUUCCAUGACUGCUCUCAGCAGCAUCCGAGAUAGGAGCAUCGCUCCGGUGGCAUACAUCCCUCUGCAGCUGGGAGGUAAAGAGAAUGAACCUGUACGAGCAAUGCUGGAUACAGGUGCCGAAAUGAGCUUGGUAGCUCUCUCUCUGUGUUCGAGCAUGCGCUUGUCUUAUGUGCCAACAUCGAAUGUUAUCUCACGCACGUACGAUGGAUCAGAUAUGGCGCUUGUUGGAGUUCUUGAAACCGAUGUUUUCUGUGGCGGCUUCUCUGAACAGGUGAUAUUCUAUGUCGUCGACGACAGAUUGAUGUCGCCAAAUCAUCCUGUGCUGUUAGGAAUGCCGUUUGUGAUGCAGACCAAGCUUUCCUUUGAUCACUCCAUCCCCGGAUUUCUCCGUGCGAGCUUCGCCUUUGGAGGAGUACAACUGGUCACCACAAUCGGCGGUCAGAAACUCCUUGAAGGGGAGGGUUCACACAGAACCACACCAAAAAACUGA